UUCUGAGAAACCCUCGGCAAAAAUGGCGACUUUGAGUAGAAUGAUGAAUAAAGCCGCAUCUUCAGUAAUCCCGCUAGCAACCAGAACUCCUUGUAGAAACUACACCUCUGCCAUCUUCACUACCCCAUUGAAGACCAGCACCGCCAUUAAAACUGUCACCGGCAAUAGUAAUCUAUUUAGAACAACUUCAAUUCCAACUCAUCGUCAGUUCUCUGCUCUAGCUAAGAAGAAACCAGAUUUCGAUGACACUCUUCUCAGAGUUAUUGAUUCUGAAAUCGUUGAUGCUGAGGAGGAAGCUGGAGAUUUUGAGGUUGGUGAGGCACCAAGUGAGUUUCCAUUCAAGAUUGUGGAUAAUGAUGGAGCUGAAACUAUUACACUGACUAGGAACUAUCAAGGUGAGGAGAUCAAAGUCACAGUGUUCAAGCAUGAUCUCUCUGGUGAUUAUGAAGAGGGUGAUGAGGAAGACCAAGACGACCAGGAAGCAAAUCAAGGUGGUGAGGAGGUGGAAGAAGAAGCUGGUUCUCAGCCUGUUGAUAUGGUUGUAACUGUUACGAAAAAAACCGGUCCAACUUUGGAAUUCGAUGUUAUGGUUGAGGCAGAUGAAAUUACAAUCAACAAUUUGGAUGUCAAGAAUCCAAAUGUUUCGGAUGAGGAUAUUGCUUACGAAGGACCUGAGUUCUCGAGUUUGGAUGCGGAACUGCAGGAAGCUUUCCACACAUAUUUGGAAGUCAGAGGCAUUAAACCAAGCAUUGCCAAUUUCUCACAUGAAUAUAUGGUUAAGAAAGAGCAUAAGGAAUACACUGCGUGGUUGAAGAACUUGAAGAAUUUCAUUGCCAACUAG